AUGUCUGCUGUAGUAGACUUCGAAAGCAAGGUGAGCACCCUGUCUCCAGCUGACAUGGCCUAUGUGGCCUGUGCAACUGUUGGUAUUGUUGCUAUCACCCCAGGUAUCGCCCUCUUCUACGGUGGUUCCAUGCGUGGUAAAAACUUCAUGACGUUGAUCAUCCAAUCCUAUCUGACCACUGCAGUCAUCACUGCACAGUGGUUCUUCUUUGGGUUCUCUCUUGCUUGCUCUGAAACGUCCAGUUCUUCCAUAUACGGUAACUUUAGAUAUGGUGCUUUGUCUAACGUUGAUGCAGGUCCUCUGUACGAAGGUGGUACCAUCCCUGCUAUCCAAACUUUCUGCUUCACGAUAUUCUUUGCUGUGUGUACAGUACAAAUUUUCCUCGGUGCCAUUGGUGAGAGAGGUAGAUUGCUUCCAUCCUUGGUGCUUGCGUUCCUUUGGGCUACACUUUGUUACUGUCCAUUUGCUUACUGGGUCUGGGAUCCAAACGGAUGGUUAUAUAGCUUGGGUGAUUUGGACUUUGCAGGUGGUGGUCCAGUCCAUAUCUCCUCUGGUGUCGCAUCCUUGUGUUACUCUUGGUUCCUUGGUCCAAGACAAGGCUGGAAAGAGAAAACAUUGAAAUACAAACCAUACUCUCCUGUUAUGACGUUUGUUGGUUCUUUACUCAUUUAUUUCCCUUGGUUGUUCUUCAACUCUGGUACUAUGACCACAAUUAGCACUCCAAGAACUUUAUUCAUCAUGGCCAACACACAAAUCGCUGCUUCCUUUGGUAUGAUUACCUUCACCUUUUACGAGUACUGUAUCACAAAGAAAUGGUCUAUUCAAGCCGCUGCUGAAGGUUUAAUUGUUGGAUUGGUGUUUGUCACCCCAGCAUGUGGUUACCUUGAGCCUUGGGCUUGUGUCAUUGGUUCCAUCUUCACUGCUUUGGUCUGUCGUGCAACAUACAGCAUCAACGAAUGGAUUGGUAUUGAUGACACUACAAGAUCUUUCAAUGUUCAUGGUAUUGGUGGUAUUGUUGGUGGUAUUGUUGUCGGUGUUUUUGCAUCUCCAAGAAUUGCCGCCAUGGAUGGUGCUACCGACAUUGCAGGUGGUUGGAUUUUCCAUCACUGGAAGCAGAUGGGUUACCAAUUAGCUGCUAUCUGUGCAAUCGUUGGCUGGACCGUCGUGGGCACAAUUGCACUUUGUUACAUUAUAAACUACAUCCCAGGCUUGAAAAUGAGAGUUGAAGAAGAUGCUGAAGACAUGGGUCUUGACUUUUACGAGAUGGCUGAACGUUGCGACCCUUACAUUGAGUACCUACACGGGAAGGAAGAGGAGUUUCAAUAUCAGAUUUACGAAGGCCAGAGUCAUUCUUCCAGUCACGUAAACGAGCAACAAACCAGUUAUGACUCCAAAGUUCCACCAGCCGAGUCUGCUUGA